UGUUGGAGUGCUCUGUGCGUAUGCUGCCAACCAGCAUUUAACUAACCAAGUCCGAGGAGCAAAGAAACUGGUUAACAGUAAUUUUAAAGAUCUGAAAAUUUUCCUUAACGACACUCCAGCGCAAAUUGACUACUUGGUGAGCCAGUACAACACAACUAAGGAUAAAGCACUCUCUGACCUAAAUAACGUUGGACCUUUGCUUGGAAGUAGAGUUCAAGAACAGCUGGGAAAAGAAGUACGUCCCGCACUUGAUGCAGCUCUGACAAUGGCAGGAGCCAUCAGAGAAACGAAGGAAGCACUGGAAAAUGUGAGUGUCUCUGUAGAGGUUUUGCAAGAGGGAACAGAGAGGCUUCAUGGAAACUUGACAGAUGUUAAAAUGCAUCUAAGCAACACCCUCAAUGAUUCUGCAUGCUCUGCGGCUCAGGCUGCCUCAACUUGCAAUAUCAUCAGGAAUUCGUUAAAUCAACUGAACAUCAAUGCCAAUUUUAGUGGGUUGCCAGGAGUAAGCUCACAGCUUGCGAAGGUCAAUGAUGUCCUUAAAACAGACCUUUCCAGUCUGGUUCAAAAGGGUUAUGCAGCAUUUAAUGAUACUCCAGACUUAGUGGUGAAUCAAACCAGGAACAUUUUAUCAGCUGUUCCUUAUAUCAAAAGUGUGCUGGAAUCCAUUGGUUCAAAUAUCACUACCUUCACAAAAACGCUCCCUGUUCAGAAGAUUUUAGCAGAUUUGAUGAUAUAUCUUACACAGAGUGAAGCAUACGUUCAGGAUUAUUUUCCGGUAGUGGAGCAGUACGAUUUCUACAGGUGGCUGGGUUGUCUCAUUCUGUGCUGCAUGGUGGUCCUGAUUCUGGUCUUUUACUAUCUUGGAUUGCUAUGUGGCACCUGUGGUUAUGAUAAACAUGCUUCUCCAACAACCAGAGGCUGCAUCUCCAACACUGGAGGAAACUUUCUUAUGGCUGGUGUUGGAUUCAGUUUUCUUUUCUCCUGGGUGCUGAUGAUUGUAGUGGUGCUCACUUUUGUCACAGGUGGAAAUGUAGAAAAACUGGUCUGUGAGCCCUUUGAAGAUAAAGCUUUAUUCAAGGUUUUGGAUACUCCCUACUUACUAAAUCAACACUGGAAAAACUAUCUUUCUGGCAUCCUGUUUAAAAAUCCAAAUAUCAACUUGACUUUUGAAAAAGUGUACAGUGAUUGCAAGGAAAACAAAGGAAUUUAUACUUCCCUUCACCUAGAACACCUGUUCAAUAUCAAUGAAUUUCUAAAUAUUAGUAUGUAUACAGAAGAUGUAGCACUUAAAAUUGAACAUAUUCAGAUAAACCUCAGCAAAAUCAUUCUGCUGGAUGAAAUUGGGAAGGAGAAUCUUCUGAAUUUCAGCUCUUCAGGAAUAGAAGGGAUAAACUUUGCAGCAUAUUUGACAGAGAUUAAUAAAAGUGUUACCAAGGUUGAUCUUCUGUCAUUUGCUAAUGACUUAGAAGCAAGAGCAGACCAACUGCCAAAAGGAGCACUGGAAAAUGCCUUAAAGGGGCACGCAAGCAACAUUCGGAUGAUUCAUAACCAGCAAGUUGUUCCACUAGAGCAAGCUAUGAGCACUUUAAAUCAGAGCAUUAGGUUACUGAAGAGGACAUCAUCAGAACUUACGGUUAAGGUGAAAAAUGUCAUUAGCGCUGUUAAUGCUGCCCAGCUUCUCAUAAAUAACAACGCUUCUCUAGUUAUUGUCCAGGAGACAAAAAAGUACAUGGAUACCAUAGUUGGCUACUUUGAGCAAUACGUUGAGUGGGUUAAGGAGUCGAUUGCCAUGGAGGUAGCAGCAUGCAAGCCUAUUGCCAAUGUGAUAGAUACAGCAGUAGAUAUUUUUUUAUGCAGCUAUAUAACUGAUUCUGUGAAUACCUUCUGGUUUGGUUUGGGAGGCUCUUCAAUAUUUUUAAUUCCUGCCAUAAUUUUUGCUGUAAAACUCUCCAAAUACUAUCGUAGAAUGGAUACAGAGGAUGUAUAUGAUGAUACGGAAAAUGGUAAUAAUGGUUAUCAUAAAGAGCAUUUAUAUGGUAUACACAAUCCUGUUUUUACAAGCUCUGUGGAACAGUGGUAACACAUACGGGAAACAUUAAGGGGCUAUAUAAAUGAGGCUCAAGAUUCUUCUACGGGAGUAUAUCAUUAUUCUUCCAACUGUAUUGGCAUUUGCAUUCAUCUUUCAAAUCCUGAGCCACUUGUUUUAUGUCACCUGUGCUGUAAAUCCCAAAUGUACUAUUGAAUGUGAUGCCAUAAACUACUGUACAGAAUAUUUUGCGAUCAGGGCACUGCCUCACAAAUACCACUGUUCAAGGCUUGAAUUAAAAUGUUUUUUUUGUUUUUUACUUUUUUACACUGGGCUUUCUACCUUACAUCACAGUAUAUAAAUUAAUUAGAUUAAUAGCCUUUGCCUAGCAAUCCUCUGACAACUGGUCAAGUUCUUAUCUUAAAUUGUUGAUUUGUGUUAAAUACAGUACAUACACGUUUACAUAAAAAUACAUUUUGUAUACAGAGACUUUUGUAUAUACAUUUUUCUUAAAACUUUUAAGUGUUUAGUUAAGGUUUUAUUAUUGUAUAAUACUCUUCACAAAUGAAUUUACCAGCAUGAUCAGUGUUGCUAUUUGGUGCUCUUGAAUGACCACUUUGGACUAAAUUUGAAGUGUAAUGGGAUCCACAGUGUCUCUUUGUGUCUCUGAAAAGUCCAGUUGCAGUUCUGUUUUCUCCCGCUUUUUUUAAUUAUUUAACAUUUAGUGGUUUUUGCAGUAUAGACCUAAAAGGGGCUUUUUGGAGAAGUUUGUUUUGAAACUCUUUGGGUGGGAGGGUUGGGAGUGUGCGUGAUGCGUAAUAUAGCGAAAAAGCUAAGCUUUCUAGAGUUCAGUAGUAAUGCAAAAAGAGCAUGAGAGAUGUAUGUUGGUGAUUUUUAGAAUGCUUUACAUUCUCUGUCUCCCUUUUCCUCAUUCACACUCACUUCUGUAAAAUCCUUAAUAGUAUCACUGUUAAGCUGUGGCUCUUUCAGGGGGCAGUGAUAGUAUUUUUGCUAAAUAAUUUCAACAUACAAUUUCCAAUAUUGAAAUUCAAAUGUGGAGUUAGCAUUUGGAGUUAAUAUUUGUACUAUUAGAGUUAUUGCCUUGAAUUUAGGCAUACAGUUGCAUUGCUGAAUUAGUUGACAGCAGAAUUCAUCAACAAGGCCAAAAGCAUAUAUGUUACUAGUGUAAAACGUUUCAGCGGGUGAAGUAAUUUGGUAUAUUGAUCUAAAAUAGUGUCUCUUCAUAUACUGGUAUUGUUAACUUUGUUUCCAACAAGCUUCAUUGGCUUGAAGUAGGGAUAAUCCUGUAAAUCAUUCAUAUAAUUGUAAAGAAAUGCUGAAAAGUGAUACCAGUCUUUAAUCUGGAAUAACCUUAAAUUUUCCAUUUUUUAGGUCAUAAAUGGAAACAUUUCUAGUUGACAGUAUGUAGCAUAUGUGUAUAUGUAAUGUUCAGAACUGCAGAUUUUUAAAAGUUUCUAUUUUUAAUUUGAGAAAAUGUUUCCAGUUCAUUUAAAUAAAAAAGAACUUGCUUAACUACCU